AUUCCAUGACCAGUGAAAAUAUUCAAUGCCAAUUUAUGAAGAUCUUGUAUUGAAUUGAUGUACAUGUACAUUAAAAUUUAUUACCAUGGAGUGGACAUAGCAAGUUUUAAGUUGUAAUAAAUAAUUUCAAAUAAUUGGCAGUUUUAAAAAGGAAUAAUUUGAUGUGUGACAUGUGUUGCCUGUUGGAAUAUAUUGUAAUCAGUCAGUGAAAAUGAUAGAAAAGUGGGAAACAGUACUGAUAUGGUACUAGUGAUACAACACUUACAUUGGCUCCAGUUCACAGAUAAAUUUUAGAUAUGCAAACUCUUCUGACAGACUUCUAUGGGAUAAAUACAGACAUUUGCUUCCGUUAGGUACUUGUUAAGUGUGCACAUUAAGACUUUGGAAUAACCCGACUGAUAUACACCAUGUUCAAGUCAUAUCCGUUUAGUAUCAACUUACUGGGGUACGCGUCCAUCGGCAUGAUGGCAUGUGCCAUUGCCUUGACAACCCUAGCAAUAGGUCUGCCAUACUGGGAGAGGUCGGAGGUGACCUUGGGGGAUCUAGUAACAAUCACCAACCAAGGGCUCUGGACCUACUGUAUAAACUUCAGCCCUGAGACGACUUAUACAGACUCAUGUGGCACAUAUGGUGAAAUAGCUGGAAGUGAUGAAACAGCAAUGAACGCCACACGAGCCCUGGCGUUUAUAGGCCUCGUUCUCGGGAUUGCUGCCCUUGUAAUGGCUGUCCUUGCUACGUUUCCGUUCAAGACCAACAACCGCAUCCACUUCAUUUGUGCUGGCCUCGGAACUGCUUCAGGGGUAUUCCUCAUGCUGACAAUGGUGGUGUUCGUGGCGCGGACAAAGAUGUCUGAUUAUGAUGUGGAUGUGUGCGUCUCCCUCGUUAUCAUUGGUUGGCUUGCAGCUUGGGUUUCAGCUGGCUACAUCUUGUUUGCCUUCUCCGUCAAAUAUCAGGCUGACAACUGAUUUUGAGCAAACAGAACCUUAAAGUGACACUCUUAUUCCAAAUCAAUACAUACACAUGUAUAACAAACAUAAAUUCUUAGUGAUGAACCUUCAACUUUUCCUAAAUAACAAAUUUAUGGAAAAUAUUAAUUUCUGAUAACAAGAUUGUAACGUGUAUUUAAUAGCUGAAUAUACAAAAAAUAUAAAUGAUUGGUGAGUGCUAAGAUUUACUGCAAUCUACUAUCGUCUCAUAAGGUAGAAAUACCGUGUUUUUAUAUAGACCAUUGAUUGUGACAUUUAUUGAUCCUUUUUGGUAUAUUAAAACAUUUUAAUUAAUUGAGGUAAAUCCUAUUUGUGAGUAAUAUUGCAACUUUAAAAGAACAACAUUUUAAUAAUAAUAAUAAUAAUAAUAAUAAUAAAAAUAUAUCCUUAAUGAUACAUGUUCACAUUAUUCUCUUGUUUGUCUCAUAAAAAAAUGUAUUCAUUAUUACUUGCAAAUUGUUUCAUAUUAUUUUGUUGAGUUAAUUACAUGUUAAUUACUUGUUGAUAUAUGUUUUGUUUGGAAAAUAUUAUAAAGCUUGAAUUUGA